AUAGAUUCUCCACUGGUACAACAAGCCAAUGCCCAAGCACUGAUGGUGAUGCUCAAGUUGGUUCCUACAGCGCUACUUCAAGUUCACGCUGAAGAAUUCAAAUCGCGCACUCUGCGCACGGUCUCUGACUGCUGCAUGAGCAAUGACAUCGGUGUCCGUCAAGCAGGCUUGCGUGCUCUCGGUUUCUCGUUGGCCGCAUCACUUGAAGCGUCUGCCGCGGAAGAGGACGUUGCCAUGCAAGUUCAACUCUUGGCUCGAAGUUUCAAACUAGACCUCGCGGAGGACCGUGUUUUGGCGGCGAACGUCGCUUGUUAUGUGGCCAGUCAACUGAAAUUCCGUGACAGCAGUGGGGCUCCGCCGAAGUGGCUGCUCUCCUUCGUUGGUCUUAUCGCCUCCGCCACUAAGGACAAGAACUUGAAUGUCUGUGCAGCCGCAGAGGAAGCAAUAGUUUCUCUUUGUCGGAUUGGAACGCACGGCGGUGACAAAAAUGAGGUCUAUUCGCUUUGCCUUAACUGUCUGGAUCCUGGAAAAAGGAACCUCCUUGAAGAAGUUGUUGGAAGAUUAAAGAAGCAGUCAUGGACACAAUUUUGGUUGCGAGGCCCUCUGGACAUCGAUAACACCAUUAUGGAGGCGUAA